GUAAGAUCGAAGCAGAUCGAAGAGUGUCAACUGUCUUUCUGAUUACAUUUCAAAAUAUAACUUCUUAUUGACAAUAAUGUCGUCAGAAUUACUCCUGGGAUUACGCCUGGACCCCCAAACAUUAACUACAAUUAAAUUAAACGAUGUUAAUUUCAAUACUAAAGUAGAAGACUUAAGAUCCGAGACAGCGAGAAGAGUUAACCUAACAAAGGAGUCAUUUGAAUUAAUUUAUUGUGGAUGUAUUCUCGAAGAUGAGGUCACAUUAGAAUCAUGUGGAUUGAAAAGUGGUUCAAUGGUGCAUGUGUUAAAGAAGCAGGAAACAGAGAUUCCAACAAUACCUAAAUAUAUUUCAGAAGAUAGCAUGUUACAACUUGCAUCUGCAUUUAAAUCAUUUAAAGAGAACCCUGCACUUAGAAGUGCUUUACAUCGUUUAGGUAAAAGACCAGAGGCUAUAGCCAAUAUUAUUUCAUCCUCUCCUGGAUUACACGAAGAUGCUGUAGCAAUUGCCAUUUUCAAGGAUCCUGGUUUAAUGGCACAUUUCACAGAUGUAGAUACAGUCAGAAGGUUUGCAGAGGCACAUCCAGUUCUGGUAGAAGCUGCUCAAAAUAUAGCUGCAGCUGUUCAUGAAGAAGUACACAACAACGCGACUGCUGCAUCUAACAAUUCUCUGUCCAAUACAGAACGUUCUGCUUAUUCAUAUACCUUGGAUAAUAUGAGUGACGAUGAAGAAAUGGCUGGAGAUUCUUCCCAAUCCUCGGACUCUACACAGCCAUCAAAUCUAUCUAUUAAUCCAUCAAAUGCUACGAUUACUGCUGCACAGCUUGCAGCAGCAGUUUCUAGAGCAAGAGCUAGAAGUUUUCCCCUUUCCAACUCACCUUCUUCUACAUCAGCUGGCAGCACAAAUUCUGGAGUGAUAACUACAGAAAUGUUCAGUCAAGCUAUGCAACAGGCUUCUGCAGCAACUACAGGCUUAAUCAACGAUUCUAUAUUGCCACCAAUUCUACCGCCUGUGUUGCCACAGAUUACAAAUUUACAGAGACAAUUAGCGCAGAUGCAUGAAAUAGGAUUGCCAGAUGAUACAAUAAAUAUUCAGGCACUGCAGUUUACAAAUGGUGAUGUUCAAGCAGCCAUCGAAUUAGUGUUUAGUGGUUUAAGUAACAAUUAAAUUUAUUAAAUUAACAUUUGAACAUUUCAAAACGAUUUAUAAUUGUAUAAAUAAAGGCAGUACUUUUAUGAAUGAAGGUGAACCAGCUGCAUGGAGCUGAGCAUCCUUCAAAAUUAUAAUCAUUUAAACUAAGAUAAUUUAAACCAUCCCACGGAACGAGU